UCACUUGCUACAUUUAAACAGCCAAUAUAACCACCCCUCCGGUUCUAAUCUUAGGGCCCAUCCGUGUGUGGCACCAGUUUCAAUACGCAUGGCUGCUGAGAUAGAGGAACUCAUACAAGUUGUGAGGUUCAUCUUACUUCCUGUUAAGCAAACAAGGCAAACGAAAUAGACCGCCCUUUGUUGAAUGAACUAGUUUUCAAGUGCCAUGUAGGCUUCAAAGUGUUCAGACUCGGCUUUCACAAUUAUUUUGACUGCAGGGACUCAUCUCAGAACAGCUGCAUGCAGCUCAGUUCAUGCCUGUUUUGAAACAAUAUGUCAACAGAAGUGAAUGCCUGGACACACGUCAUCUUACAGAAAUUGCCACUUCAAGAACCAUACAUUUACAUUGUGAGGUGACAUUCCGGUGCCUUGAAAUAUCCCACAAAGUUUUCAACUCUGAGAGUUGGACAGAAUGGAGGGUGCUCACGACAAAAGAAGGUCACCAACUGCAAAUUACGAGUAUAAAGUGGAGCAGCGUGCCGUGAAGCACAGAGAAAUCAGCCAUCGGAAUAACACGACAUCAUGUCGCAGUCCCACGAGAGAUAUGGACACAAGGUGGAUUAAAAAUGAACUGCAUCGCAAAAGACAGUUUGAGUUCUUCAAAAGAAGACCAGUGGACCAUGGCACAUAUGCACUGUUAUCUGCAGUGCCAAGGCACAGAUACUCAAGGGAAACCCUGCAUGCACCAGAGCAUAUGACGCAAACCUUAACGUCAAUCAGACGGCCCUUGAUAUCAAGUCAAUAUGUAAAGCUCCAGAGAGAUGGCAUUAACUUUACAAAGCAGACAGUCUCCACACAUCUUCCAAUGACUGAUGAACACGACCUGAAAUCAGAUGGAUGGGACGAACCAGUCCGCAAUUCUGUUCGGCUUCAUGGGAAAAUGAAAAAGGAACGAGUUCUGCUUAAAGACAUCACUCAGCUCUCAAACACCCAGAAGACACUGCAAACCGCUAGCAUUCAGACUGAGUCUGGAUUUGUUACCGUCAAAGAAGCAGAUGUACACCAGUUGGCUGACUAUUUAGAAGAGGCCUUACACAGAGAAGAGGCUCUUAAAAAGAAGCUCUCCAACCUCCAGAAGAGCGCCGCCACAUUACUGCACUCUACAGAGCUCCUGUGGAAGACACGCUGUGAUGAGGACUUGCUGAAGAGUAAGAUCAAAGCUCUGGAGGCUCAGUUGCAGGUUUGCAUCAAGAAGGUUCCUCAGGAUGGAGUGAAAAAAGUGGUGCUAAAGAUGGAAAAACAGAGGGAGGAGUAUGAACAGAAGGCUAUGAAGGCUAUUCAGAGGGCGGAGAAUGAGAAGGCGGAAGCUCAGAGUAAGAUGGAGUACCUCCAGGGAGCGCUGCAGACAGCACAGGCAGAGUCUGAGCAGUGGCACAGGCUGUGUGAGGAGCUGAAAGAGGGUUCGAGUCAGCUGAAGAAGAGGCAGGAUGAGUGCACAGAUCAGAUGCUACAGCUGCAGGGUCACUUGGAGCGUUCUGUGGAGGAGGAGGAGAUGCUGAGGAAACAUACUGAAUCUCUGCAGCAGGAGAGAGCAGAGCUUCAUUCCUUCAUCUCAGAGCUGGAGGACGAGAACCUCAACCUGAGAGAACAUCUACAAGAACUCACAGGACACAACCAUGAGUGGUGGAACAGUAGCACAGAAAUGCAUGAAGACGCUUCAGGACUGGAGCAGCUCCUGCGGACAGAUAACAGCACAGCCAGACAACUGAGAGAGACUGACCAUAGACUCAGAAUGAAAGAAAAGAAGUGCAUGGAGCUGCAGACGGAUCUUGAGGCCCUGGAGCAAGAGUGUUACAGCUAUCAGUCCCGACUGACCCAAUGCAGAGAAGAACUGAGCGUACUGACGACACACAAGAACAACAGCAGGAGUCGAAGUUGUGGGUCCUGGCUCUGUCUAUUUCUCUUCUUACUGCUCCUGAUGGUGGUGGUGGCAGCCCUGUGGUUGUAUCAUCCACCUGCCAGAGAGCAGCUCCGCCAGUUUUACUCAGUCCUGGAGCAGCGUAUGGAGGACUACCUCAUCCAGACAGCUUCAGCACAGCAUGGAGGCUGCUUUAGACCUGUGUGAUCAGAGCAAAUAGCAAAACCAAGAGUCUUCUAGAGAUUUUUUUGGUUUAUAUUUAUUUUUUUAUUUCACAUUUUUAAUUGAUUUUUGUACAUAAAUGUUUUUUAAAGUUAGCCACAUAUAAUGUCUUUAUUAGUUUGCUAAGAAAUUUCAUGAUUCUUUGUAUUAGUAUCGAAAACAGACCAAACUGCCUGUGUAAAUAUAGUAUCAUGUUACAAAACAAAGGUGUUAGAAUGAAUUUCUAGUGUUAAUACCUAAAUCUGUGUCUGUAUUGUACAGUUUAUAACUGAUUACUGGAAUUCAAAACGGUACUUUUGAAGAAUUGUCUUAGACGAAGCCUGAAAUAAAUUUACUGUGUACAACUAAGACUUGCAUUUUGAUAUUAGUAUUAAACAUGUAUUAUUUGUA